AUGUUGAAGAGGUCUUUCCUCGGCCAGAACCCUGCCCGCCAGUGUGCCAUUGGUGCUGGCCUUCCCGAGUCGACCAUCGCAACCACCAUCAACAAGGUCUGCGCCUCGUCGAUCAAGGCCCUGAUUGUCGGCGCCCAGACUAUCAUCACUGGCAAUGCCGACAUUGUCGUCGCCGCCGGCACGGAGAGCAUGUCCAAUACCCCACACUACCUCCCCAACAUGAGGACGGGUGCCAAAUUUGGAGACCAGUCACUGGUGGAUGGUGUGCUCAAGGACGGCCUCACAGACGCAUACAAGAAGGAGCACAUGGGUCUUCAGGGAGAGGAGUGCGCUGGCGACCACGGCUUCUCUCGUGAGGACCAGGAUGACUACUGCGUCCGCUCCUAUAAAAAGGCCAUCGCUGCGCAGGAGGCUGGUUGGUUCAAGGAGGAGAUUGCUCCCAUCGAGGUCCCGGUUGGCCGUGGAAAGCCACCAGUCGUCGUCGACAAGGAUGACGAGCCCAACAACUUCAACGAGUCCAAGACACGCACCCUCCGCCCAUCUUUCAAGCCAAAGGACGGAACUGUCACUGCUGCCAACGCUUCACCACUUUCUGAUGGCGCCGCCGCCCUCGUUCUUGCAUCUGAAGCUGCCGUUAAGAAGUACAAUCUCAAGCCUGUCGCCAAGAUUCUCGGAUGGGGCGAUGCCGAGCAGAACCCAUCGAAGUUCACCACGGCACCCGCACUUGCAAUGCCCAAGGCUUUGAAACACGCUGGUGUCGAGCUGUCUGCCGUUGACGCUUACGAGAUUAAUGAGGCUUUCAGUGUUGUUGCGCUGGCCAAUAUGAAGAUACUCGGUAUCAACGAAGACAAGGUCAACCUUCACGGUGGUGCCGUUGCGCUCGGCCACGCUUUAGGCGCCUCAGGCGCCAGAAUCGCUACCACGCUAAUCAAUGUGCUGAGGGAGAAGAAGGGCAAGAUCGGUUGCGCCGGUAUUUGCAAUGGCGGUGGUGGAGCGUCUGCUAUCGUCAUCGAGUCCCUGCAGUAG